AUGCCACUAUUCAGUCAGCCACCAUGCCACAUGCAGAUGCUGCAGUCGGCGCACGUGCUGGCCGUCGACGCCAAGAACCUGCUGGACGUGGUGGACGCGCCGCGCACGCUCCCACUCCUGCCACGCCUCCGAAGCGUCGUGGUUCGUCUCCUCACGAUGGCGGAGCUGCAGCACAAGCCGACGGCGCGGUACCGCGUGGCUGACUGGCACCGGCACAACGCGCAGCUGGGGGAGACGACGCGCGCCGAGGUGGACACCAGCCUGGAGCUACGGCAGCGGGCCGGCCGCGCCGCCAACGAGGCCGCCAUCCGCACCGUCUGGGAGCAGCAUCAGAACAGCGGCCUGCUGAGGGACAGACUGAGCCAGGUGGAGCAGUGGAAGGUGCAGCUGGAACAAGCGGUGGCCGCCGUUGACGCCGAGGUGGCAGCACUGUCCCGCGCCAAAACCGUCACCGAGGACGAGCGGGAGGCGCGCCACUUUGACCUGGAGACGGCGCAGGAGGCGCUGGCUCAGCGCGAGGGUCGGCUGCGCCAGGAUGUGGUGCGGGACGACGUGGAGGAGGCCUUGAAACAGGAGAUCCUCGCCGUCACGGGCUUCCGCGACCAGCUGCGGGAGCGUUGCGAGCAGUGCUUCGAGCAGCUGUGUCGGCUGUCGGAGGCGCGCCAGGCUCUGCUGGACGACAUCGCCGGCAAGCAGGGGGCGCUGCACGUGGACUCGGCCGCGCUGGCACUGACGCCGCACAGCCCCGGCGUCAGCUUCAAGCCACACUGCUCCCGCGUGCCGAAAGACACGCUGACGGUGCCCCGCUGGGAGGACGCAUCGCGCGCCAGUCUGGCCGCCGCCGACCACCAGCUGCAGCAGUCCCGCCAACUGCGGGCCGCCGCCGUCGACACAGCCGCCCGCGGCAGAACCGAGCUGGCUUCACGACACGCCACCGUCCAGUUCGCGGCCCGCCGGCGGCUGCACGAGCUCCGUCAGGCGCACGACGACCUGGCCUGGCAGCACAAACAGGUGGAGCAAGAGAUGGCGGAGACGGAGCGGGAGAUCCGCUGCCUGGAGGCGGCCGUCCGCGACAAGGACCCUUACCGGAAGUUGGCCGAGACGCGCCUCGAGUGGCGCAUGGAGCGCCCCGCCGGCGAGGGCGUGUUCGACCCGCCUUGGAGCGGGCUGCGCGCCGAGGCCACCAAUGUACAGGUGGGACACCCAUGUAACGUGGGGAUUGGGAGGCCUUAG